GCAGCAAGCUUUGAAGUUUGGAGCUUUCUUUGCAGACUUUUUUUGAAGUGUGGUGUAACUUGUAAGCCAAACAAACACUCGUAGAACAUAUUGACUCGAACUUUUCAAAUUUUUUUCUUAAUCUGGAACUGAUGUUUUGCUCCUGUUAACCAUGAACCGUAUCAGUGAUGAUUUUAAGCCUACUGCCAGUAGGAGAAAAAAUGCGCCCAUGGAAAUGUCUUCCAAGAAGCCAAAUAUGCAGCGUUUUCCCAGCGGAUCGACAACCGUAAAAAGGCAGCGCUAUCGCGACCCACGCUUCGACGAGCGCUGUGGCCAGUUUUCUGCCAACUCUUUCGAAGACAAUUAUAAAUUUGUAUACGAUCUUCGGCGGAAAGAGAUGGAUAUGGUAAAAAAACAGCUCAAAAUGGAGAUGGACCCCGAAGCUCGCGAUAAGCUACAGAACUUACUCGGAAGACAGGAAAAUCAGGAACGAUCUAAAAUGCAGAAAAAGAAAGGAAACGUGAAGGAGAUGGAAAGGAAGGAGCUGAACAAAAAGCGCUUAAACGAAGGGAAAAAGCCGUUUUUCAUGAAAAAAUCGGAUAAAUCGCUUCUGGAUAUGGUUGCUCAGUUCGAAGAUUUAAAAAAGAAAGGAAAACUGAAAUCAUACAUGGAGAAGAAACGGAAGAAGAACGCCCAUUCCGAAUCGAAGCUUCUAGUACAAAAACACGUUUCGCCAUAAAACACAGAGAUGAUAUAAAGGCUUUUUAUCUCUGACAAGUGACAACGAAAGAAUAACUGUUUUGAAAGACAUGCACAGAAUAUGCUGCGGAUUAUUCCGGCUGCCAGUCCUGAAUUCGCUUAAUUUGUUCCAAUAAUAUCUCAUAACUUUCUUGAGCAGCUUGGAUCUGGGAUUCAGCGUAAUCGAUCAGUGCCUGUCGGAAUCCCUUGACUUCCGUCUCGUCCAGCCUUUCGAUCUGUACAAAGAAAACGAUGGAAAUACAUCAGUUAUGAAGCUUAACAAAUCAAAUCUGGUCAUGUUGCUGGUAAUUUUCCUAAGUGGUAUUGCGGAAUUGCAUGUAGCAUAAUCGUAUUGGAAAACUGCAUAUUACGAGUGGAGUUGUCUUCCGUCUGCUCGAUCAAUGGCUAAAACGGGAAUGUACAUCCACUCCGCUGGUGGAUUUAACAGCUGAUACAGUGAACUUAUUAAGUUGUCAAUGGAUGCUUAAAAGCCCUCCAUGA